AUGUCCGGCAGACCUACAAAAGAUUCCCCACCAAUUGUACCAAACGGUUGGAAAGCAGUAUGGGAUGAAGAAUACAAAUUAUACUUUUACGUAAAUCUAUCGUCUGGUAAAUCACAAUGGGAAGCUCCACCAGGCACUAAAUUUCAAGAACAAAAAGCCCCACCAAGUUACAACAGCUCUACACGUCCAUCUGCACCACCUCCCUCGCAAUCACAGCAUUCGAGCGGUAAUAAUAACAACACUAGCGCAGGGUAUAAUAGAACUGCUGCUCCAGUACCACAGCAAAGGCAAUAUUACCCUCAACAACAACAACAACAACAACAACAGCAACAGCCUUAUUAUCCUCAACAGCAACAACCUUAUUAUCCUCAGCAGCAACAACAACAACAACCACAACAGGUGUACUAUGUUCAACCACAACAACAAAAGAAGAGUAGUGGUUGGGGUAAAGGUUUAUUAGGUGCAGGUGUGGGGUUAUUGGGUGGUACCCUGCUAGCAGAUGCAUUUACUGACUCGCAUCACCAUGAUGGUGAUUUUGGUGGUCCUGGUGAUUUUGGUGGUCCUGGCGGUCCUGGUGAUUUUGGUGGUCCCGGCGAUUUUGGUGGUCCUGGUGAUUUUGAUGGUCCUGGUGAUUUUGGUGGUGACGACGGUGGUGAUUGGUGA